UCAUUUAGAAUUAAAUGACAAAGAAAGAAACAAAGUAAGAAUGUACCUGUUCAAAGCAAUUAAAGAUCCCCUCCAGACAGGUUCUAAGACAGGUCAAAACACUUUGCUUAAAAUAAUAAUUUGUUGAAUAUCUUAGAUAAAUACUAGAUUAAAAAUACUUCUACAUUAUUUAAAGCAUUUUUAUUUGUUCUCCCUCUUUGAAAUGUCCAGAAUCUAACAUACGAAUAUUUAGUGUUUCAAAAGUUGAACUGCUAAGACACAAGACACAAUGCCUCCUGCUUCACUGAAAAGAGGUUUCAAGUUGCAACAUCACACCAAAGUCACAAAAUCAUCAAAAUCAAACUCAGAUUUUAAGGUGAGCAAAGAGAAACCUUCCCCCUUCUACUGAUGAACGUGAAAACAGCCGUCUGGUGUCAAGCUCUGCACAAACAUCAUCCACAGGGAAGGUCAAACAUCUAAGUAAUGUAACAAUACGCAAAACACAUUUUUGACUUUAAAUGUCUGGAAAUAAAACCGUGACAUCUCUGCAGUGGCAGCAACAUCAUUGCUGAGGCACAUUCAAAAAACAAGUUUAAAACUGCUUUUAUCUAACAAUUUCAAUUUAACCUUACUUCAUGAAAAUCAAGCCAAGGACAUAAAGUUGAAGAAUCACCUAAAAGGGGUUUAAAAAGUGCUGCUGUGUUAUCCUAAAUCAGACACAAUAAGAAGAAAUAUAAACAGAUGAUAUACUUUAUCUUUAAAUGUAGGAAUUCAUUAUGACCGAUGGUACAUAAUGCCUUUAGAUUGGAGCAGAACUUUAUCCAUGCAGAUUGAUUAAUUUCCCUUCACUUUACUCAUCCUCAACCAACUCCACACUGGCCAUCUCCUGCUGGAGAGGAUGGGUGUGGCUGUACAGUGUCAAAUUACACUCAAAUUACAGACCUGCCUAACAGGGCCCACUCUCACUCCCUCUGCACCUUCAUUGGUUGAGAACCAACCGCUUUAUUUAACCAGCCUGUUUCCUGUAGGCAACUUCUUUGUCAAAGAGGAAAUGACAUUGCAGCACCAAAACACUGAAAACAGAUGAGUACCAAACCUCUUUUUGACUUCGAGCAACACACAGCUCAGCCUCUGUUACAGAAAACCCAUGAGGCAAAACAAUCUCGCCAUAAAACAGCUUUUGGAACAGAGCGGUGAAGUAUGUCUGCUGGAGACAAAGAGACUCCGCGAGACACCACAGGUCAAAGUGGAUCUGCUGUUUUUUUCUCGAACCCUCUGAUGAGUGAUUUGGAAUCUGACUGGUCCCCGAUUCACGAUGCUGCCUUUAAUGGACAGGUCCUUGCUCUGCAGAGACUCAUUGCUCAGGGUACAUGUGUAAAUCUGAACACUCUGAACCAGGUCUCUCCUCUCCAUGGAGCAUGUUUACAAGGCCACGUGGCUUGCGCCAAGCUUCUGGUGGAAAAUGGGGCAAAAGUAAACAGUUCGACGGUGGAUGGACAAACGCCCCUGUCAGAAGCUUGCGCCCGGGGCCAUGUGACCUGUGUAUCGCUGCUCCUUCAACAAGGAGCGACUCCCCUGGGAACCAGCCACACCAGCUCUCCAAUUCACAGGGCAGCAGCCAAAGGUCAUACAGAGUGCAUCGAGUCUCUUGUCCAGCACGGUGCAGAUGUGGAUCAGUAUAUUGACCAAUCAGGUUUCCCUCUUCACGUCGCCUGCUCCAAUCUGCAUCUGAGUUCUGUGUGUAAACUGCUUCAACUUGGUGCCAGUGUGAACAGCAGUGUGUCUGGUGACUCGCCGCUGCACAUCGCUGCCCGUCUGUCCAGUCCUGAGAUGGUGUCAGUCCUGCUUGAGCACGGGGCCGAUCGCUCACUCAGGAAUUCAGAGGGCAAACAGCCACUGAUGCUCGCACCUCCCAACAGCCCGGUGGAGAGGCUGUUGAGACAAGCAGGAGGAGUGUCUCCUCUAAUGCAGCUGUGCCGGCUGUACGUCAGGAAAACUCUGAGCAAGCAGAGACUGGGUGAGAUCCCCAACCUUCACCUUCCCAAAGAAGUGAAACAGUAUCUUCUCUAUCAAUCAGACCCAGGGGGAGAUCUGAUGCACAAAAUAAUGUUCAAUUCUGAGCCCUAAACUUCUAGGUCUGUAGGGGGUGCCGUUGCAUAAUCUUGCAGUCAGAAGACUACAUCAUAGCUCAUGGUCAUGGUAGUGAUUAACUAUAUUUCUGCUUUCUGUGACAGACCUCUGUAAACAAACUUUCAGAAUUCUCAAGAUCAAUCUGGACUUUCAUGUGAAGACUUUUUAUCAUUAAGUAUUCAUAAACAUAAAAUAAAUACACAUUUAAAAUGAGAAUAUGGGCUCAUAAGGUCUAAUAAUUGUUGCAUAACUAAUGUUAAAUAAGGUUUAACAAGCUGAAACAAUAUUCUUUAGAUUACACAAGCCUCCACAUUCGGCUAAUAUUGUAGUUUUUGUUAUUUGAAACUAAAGUUUCUGUUUUUGAUGCUGCUGUAUUGAUUUUUCCUUUAGACUUAUAGUAGAUUGAAUUUACUCUCACGUGAAAUCUUGUUCAUGUCUGGUACAUGCUGUCCCUAUAGGGUUUAGUGGUUUUAGUCCUUGCAGGGUACAUGGCAACAUUUUUCCAACAGCAAACAUUUAAAAAACGAAAGCUAAACACAUCAAUAGAGAUUGGAUUACACAAAUAUAUUUUUUGUACUGCAAUAAAUAAUAAAAACAAA